AUGGCGCAGUUUGGCUGCCCCUUCUCGAGGGAUCCACACUGCAAGAGGGCUGGAAGUGGCGGCCCACGUGAUGGGACCUUCCCGAACCUACAGACAGGGGCAGCUGAAAGGCGCUACGGCGGCGGCAACAUCCAGGAUGAGCUGAUCUCCAAGGACAGCAACGCGCCCGGGACCCUCGCCAUGGCAAACUGUGGACAGCCGAACACAGGCGGUUCGCAGUUCUUCAUCAACGUGGCGGACAACAGCUUUCUCGACUGGUUUUCUCCGGGUACGUCAAAGCAUCCUGUAUUUGGCAAGAUCACCAGCGGCUACGACGUGGUGGUUCGACUCUCCAGAGUGGAGACACAGGAUGAUGUGCCCACGAAGCCAGUGCAGAUGCUGGCAGUGAGCAUCGUUGGCAAAACGCCGAUGUAA